AUGGAAUACUAAUGACCAUUGUUUUGGUCCCACAGAGAGAAGCAAAGAGCUCAGCCGUGCACCCCGUCGUCCUCCUGCACUGAUGCUACGUGCCCCAGAGAGAAAAAGCCUGGCGGGAGACAAAGACGACAAGGAGCCUCCACCCAUGCUGGUAAGAGGGGAGGAGACUGCAGCAAAAGGCAACAGACCUGUGGCCUCCACACCUGUGCCCGGAUCCCCCUGGUGUGUGGUCUGGACAGGUGAUGACCGGGUUUUCUUCUUCAACCCGACCAUGCAGCUGUCAGUCUGGGAGAAGCCAGUGGACCUGAAGAAUCGUGGGGACCUCAAGAGGAUCAUCGAGGACCCACCCCACAAACGCAAGCUGGAGGCCUCAGCAACUGACAGCAGUGACGGAUCCAGUUCAGAAGAUGGCAGUGAGGACCAAAGUGUGAAAACUAAGAGGAAUAGGACUGAAAGUUGUGAGAGCUGUGGACCAGAGGAGGCCCAGGGAGUAGACAAGGGGCCACAGACACCACCCCCACAGAUUCUCCUGCCCCUGGAGGAGCGUGUGACCCAUUUCCGAGAUAUGCUGCUGGAGAGAGGGGUGUCAGCAUUUUCUACUUGGGAGAAAGAAUUGCAUAAAAUUGUGUUUGACCCGCGAUAUCUCCUGCUAAACUCUGAAGAACGAAAACAGAUAUUCGAACAGUUUGUCAAGACAAGAAUAAAAGAAGAAUACAAGGAAAGGAAAAGUAAACUGCUGUUAGCCAAAGAAGAAUUCAAGAAACUUCUAGAAGAAUCUAAAGUAUCACCCAGGACCACAUUUAAAGAGUUUGCCGAGAAGCAUGGCCGGGAUCAGAGGUUUCGGCUUGUUCAGAAGCGAAAGGAUCAGGAGCACUUUUUCAACCAGUUCAUACUUAUCCUAAAGAAACGGGACAAGGAAAACAGACUCCGGCUCCGGAAAAUGAGAUGAGUCUGUGCACAGCGCAAUAUGACAAUGGGCAGCUGAGUGUGCACAGGAGGGGACAGGAGAUGGUGGUGGCCAGCUGCUCUGCACAGCCCAGGUGGCCAGGACUGGCUGGUCUCAGAGAAUUACUGUUUCAUAUUGAAGCUCCCUCUUUUGUACAUUGUUCCCAGUUUGAUGCAUUUCUAAUUGCCAUGAGAUGUCGAGUCCUUAAGUGUUUUAAUUAUGCAAAUUACUUGUAAUAUACACAAAUUAUAAACCCGCUGCAGGUUUGUGGCAAAGCAGAAGCAGGAAAUGUUCGUAGUCAUCUUGAGGUGUUGCAUCCCCUCAGAAGGACUGUCUAGAAUUUCCCCGAGGUUUCCGUGAGUCAUCCCCUUUGUGCAAGCCUCCCGUGGUGUUCCUAGAUCAAGGCCCCUUGUUUCCUGAGUAGUAGAAAUGGGUUCCAUUAUUCAUCACAGUGACAACCAGACAUUUGACACCCUUGUGGAUCGUGAUCAUCUGCAGGUGGCUAAGAGUGAUGACUGGCUUCUCUGAAAAUGUGUUCAGGCCAGGAGGAGGGAACCAUGCUGGCUGUCAGAGGUCCUUCUUAAAAAAGAAUUAUUUUGUACAAAAUCAUCAUAUUACUAUUUGAGUUAUUUUUAUUGUAUGCCCAGAGUUUGCAUGAGAUUUUUCUCAUCAUCUUUGUAUAAAAAUUUAAAAUUUUUUUUAACCAAUAAAUAUUUUAAACCAGCAAGUUUUCUGGCUAAGGCUCCCAUUAUCAUCUUAGACAGCAAAAA